AUGUACCGCAACGUCUUCCCGCCGCUGUCCCCGUUAUCACCAUUUUCUCUUUUUUUUUUUUUUUUCCUCUCGUACUGUGUCGAAUCUGCUGCUGGAAAUAACAAGCGCAGUUUGUGGCUCAGAGAUGAAGAUACUGCGCAGGCGCAUAGGGAUACUGUAGGCAAGACGCUAUUCGCCGUUGCUAGGCGAUUAAGGGCGUGGCGGAAGGUGGAAAAGAUGGCGGCUGCCACAGGGAGUCUUCUGUCAAUCUUGGGCGCACAGGGGGAGCUGAAUGUGGCGCUGCAGGAGGCCGGGGAGGCCGCGGACAAGGAGCGGUUGGUGCUCGAGUACCUGCGGAAGGUGUCUAGCCGGGCCGGGGAGCUGCGGGUCCCGGAGUUUGUAGCUGGGCUAGAAUGGCUGAACACUGAGGGGCCAAUAUUUCUGCACAAAGACUUGCGUGGGAAAGUAGUGGUGCUGGACUUCUUCACAUACUGCUGCAUUAACUGCAUGCAUGUGCUGCCCGACCUGCACUCCCUGGAGCAGGAAUACUCAGAUAAAGAUGGACUUGUCAUUAUCGGAGUGCACUCAGCCAAGUUCCCAAAUGAAAAGGUUCUGGAUAAUAUUAAGAGCGCAGUACUCCGGUAUAACAUAACCCAUCCGGUGGUUAAUGAUGCUGACGCCACCAUGUGGCAAGAAUUGGAAGUCACCUGUUGGCCAACGCUGGUUAUACUGGGUCCCCAUGGAAACCUCUUAUUCUGUAUCAUUGGGGAAGGCCACAGGGACCAACUCUUUCUCUUCACUUCUCUUGCCUUGAGGUUCUACAGAGAGAGAAAUGAAAUAACGACAGACAGGAUCCCAGUGAGAUUGUACAAGGAUUCCCUGCCUCCUUCUCCUUUGCUUUUCCCUGGAAAAGUGGCUGUUGACCCUUCAGGAGAGAAAUUGGUGAUAUCUGAUACUGGGCAUCAUAGGAUCUUGGUUGUGAAGAAUAAUGGGCAGGUUCUGCACACAAUCGGAGGGCCUAAUAGUGGAAGAUGCGACGGCAGCUUUUUCGAAUCCUCUUUCCAUUCGCCUCAGGGAGUGGCUAUUCAGGACAAUGUUAUAUAUGUAGCAGAUACAGAGAAUCAUUUGAUCAGAAAGAUCGACCUGGAAGAACUAACAGUCAGCACUGUGGCCGGCACGGGGAGCCAGGGUAUGGAUAAAGAGGGAGGAGCUCGAGGAGAGCAGCAGCCAAUCAGCUCUCCUUGGGAUGUGACAUUUGGGGCUCCAGGUGGAAGUGAGCCGUGUGUGCUGUGGAUCGCAAUGGCUGGGACUCACCAAGUCUGGGCCCUGUUUUUGGAGGAUGGGAAGCUGCCAAAAGGGAGCUCUUUCCCGAAGGGAACGUGCAUUCGCUUUGCCGGGAGUGGAAAUGAGGAAAAUCGCAAUAAUUCGUACCCCCACAAAGCAGGUUUUGCACAGCCGUCGGGCCUUUCCGUGUGCCUCGAGGAGCCCUGGAACUGCCUGUUUGUGGCUGACAGUGAGAGCAGCUCAGUCAGGAGCAUCUCACUAAGAGACGGGGCAGUGAAGCUCCUCGUGGGAGGGGAGAGAGAUCCAAUGAACUUGUUUGCCUUUGGGGACACGGAUGGUACAGGGAUCAACGCCAAACUCCAACACCCGCUUGGGGUCACUUGGGAUCAGAACAGAAGUGCCUUGUACGUGGCUGAUUCUUAUAAUCACAAGAUAAAAGUGGUAGAUCCCAAAUCCAAGCGCUGCAGCACCCUAGCAGGCACAGGGCUCCCCAGAAACACAGUGGGUGGAAGUUUUUCAGAAGCUGCGUUCAAUGAGCCCGGGGGCCUGUGCGUAGGAGGUGAGGGCCGGACACUGUUUGUGGCAGACACCAACAAUCACCAGAUCAAAGUGUUGGACCUGGAAGCUGAGACUGUGUCGCUUUUUCCCAUAAUGCUCAGUGGAGCACUCGAUGUUUUGGAUAGCACGUUGCCAGCUAAACUCCACCAACCAAAGUUGCCCAGAUCUGCCCCAGUCAUUCAGUUAACUCCAAUAAUGGCAGAACCGAGCAAGACCGUUGAGUUCUUACUACAACUACAGCUUCCUGCAGGAUCCAAAUUAACUGAAGGGGCCCCCAGCUUCUGGUUUCUCAGUGCUACAGGCUCUGAGUGGCUCCUCGAGGGACAGACGACACAGGGAGAGAUAAUGAGUGUCUCUGAUCCGAGCCGGAUAGACAUACGGAUCCCAUUGGACGUAUCAGCGUUGGGGGAGGCUGUUCUGAGUAUCAGUGCCUUUGUGUAUUUCUGUAGUGAGAACUCCAGUACCUGUAUGAUGAAAGCCGUGUCGUUCUCUCAGCCUUUGCACAUAGCAACUCCAGCAAUUACUAACUGCCCCCAUUCAGUUGCACUGACUCACUCCUUCUAACUGCUCAGCUCCAAACCAAAGAGUUGCCUCUCAGGGGACACUCACAGGCCUUUUCUUUCACUCCCAGUUAUUGUUCAGCAGCAGCCAAUCACCAAUCAGCACUUCUUAUUGUGAGUAUCAACACUUCUGUGGCUGUAGCACACAUUAUCCAUGUACAGCUCUGGGAACAACAAUACACGUGUAACUCACA